AUGAGGAGGGCAGGCUGGUUAGCGCUUGACAGCUCCCGCGGUCAACAUGUGUCGGCGCUUGGCCCAGCCAGGCCGGACUGCUGCACCUCGUGUGUGCAUGCACGCAAUGGUCGAGUGGCCGCCGCGGCAGUCGACGCCAGCAGCUGGGCCAUGCAAGGCACUGCCGCCAUCCGCCAUCCGCCAGCCGCGGGCUUGAAGGUGGUGGUGGUGGAUUAUACUUUUGAUUCUAAGAGGGGCAUAUGUGUGUGUGCACGGCGUUGGUGUGCCGGCCUCUCCCCUGUGCAGUGUGCAGCGCUGCAAGACCCUGUCCUCGGAAGGCACGACCAGGGGGGGCCCACACCGAGGGGGAAGGCACAGUCUGGGUCCCUUCCCGCCUUGAGAGCAGCCAGCAGCCGCGACCGCGACCCUGGACCUGCUAUUGGCUGGUUUGGCCUAUUUGCGCCUGCCGCUGCCUUGCCAUUCCCGGUGCAACGCUGUCUGUUCAGGGGCCGUCGAGUCGGCGCGCGCGACCGUCAGGGCUGUCUGUCAUUAGGAUAUACGACCUGCGUCUGCGUCUGCGUCUGCGUCCACCAUACCGUCGUGAUGGUGUGCUUGCAAUCUGCCUUUCCGUUUCACCUCAAUUACCUGAACCGUACCGCCGCCACGGCCUGA